GGGGGCUGCUAAAUUUUUAAAUCAGAAGCUGAAUUUAGAAUGUUAAAUAGCCUAAAUACAUUCACUCAUUGAUUGUUGAUAUUUUUGUGCAGUAUCAACGAGAUAUGUUUACUAGUUAAUAUUUAUAUCCGUAUAGUUUUAACAAUCUUGAAAAUAUGUUUUUUUUUUCUUCAUAGACAAUGUUUAAAGUGUACUUACACAUUUCCCCCCCUCGAAUUUCCAAUAGCUUGGUCCAGAUCUACCUUGAAAUGAACUUCUUUUUAGUGAAUGGAAACACAGCAAUUCAGACAACAGAACUUUAACAAACCUCUUAAAAUAUUUUUUUUUGUUUGGCCAUUUUAAGGGACCUCGUGUUUUUAAAAAAAACUAAGGCGGCUGUAUUUCCAGAACGAUAAAAUGUUUAAAGAUAUUGUUAAUUAGCAUGCUGCAACACUGAAACACAGUUUGAUUGUCACAGUGCCCGGAAUAUACGAAUAUUAACGAACGCAUUAGAGAAAAUGCCGAUAAGUGAUUACAUUAAGGUGGGUUUACGAUUGAAAAUUAAGAAUUAAGAAUUAAUACAUAGUCGUGUACUUACCAUAUGACUAUGUAAACUAGUGGAAUGGUUUGUGAUUGUCGUGUGUGAAUUUUGACGGGUCGUGUGCGAACCAUAUGAUGACUUAAGACUUAACAGAAAUGGUUAUAUUUUAUAUUUUUCGUUAAGACUUAAGGGAAGCGACCAAUCACAACAAACCGGAACCUUUCAGCCGGAAGUUUAUGUCUUGGUAUUGUACCGAGCGAGGUAGUAUUUUUGGUUAGAAUUCGUAUCCUAUUUGUAAUUUGUAAUCAUCAUCCAUUUCGAAAAAUAGAUAUCCCAUUAUUGUCAAUAACCUAUUUCAAACCUGCUCCUCCAUUUCGAACAAUGGCCGACCAUGUGUUUUGUGCUGUGAAUUGGUUGGAAUUAACGACUUCUAUGUCAAUCAUAAACUGGAAAAAUGUAGUUUUGACUUAAUCGUGUGCUCGAUGUUAAGUUAUAAUUCUUAAGGAAAUCAAUCGUAAACCCAGCUUUAGGGGGGGGGGGGGGGGGGCAUGGCUAGGGUUACCUGACGUCCGGCAAAAGGAGGACAUGUCCUCCUUUUUAUGUAUUAUUUUGCGUCCGGUCGGAUUUUCCUUAAUGCUCCAAAAUCAAAAUGUCCGGCAUUUUUAUAAAGUGAGAUAAUUCCUGCAGUUACACUCUGAGUAAAGCGCGCGGUGCUGUCCGCAGAGUCACCCCACUAGUAAGUAGUUCUGUGACAGCUUGACAGGUAGCAGCACAUGCAGAAGCACGUGUUUUUAAUAUGCUGUAUAUGCGUAGUUUGUUUGAUUCAUUAUACUGAAACUGUAUUAAAUGCCAAAACAUUGUAACAUAUCGUACUCCAUUGUAAUUAAUUCAUGGCUUGUUUUAAAUAUAUAUAUAUAUAUAUAUAUAUAUAUAUAUAUUCCUCCUUUUUAUUGAAAUGUCCUCCUUUUGCGAGGUGAAUGUCCUCCUUUUUUGUUAUCAGUGUCUGGUAACCCUAGCCAUGGCCCACCUGGCCCCCCUGUUGGCACGCCUAUGAUGGUCCGCCGUGAAGGGUGAAGGCAUACGGACGAGAAGUAGUGUUGGCGCAGGUCGUGCGCCACUGCGCAUGCGCCGUGGCUGCGGUCAGCACGCGGCCGCGACAUGUCCGCGUGACGUGGCCGCCUGCCCCCCCUCCCCACUCCCUCUCCUACCUUCCCCUCCUUCCCCUCCCUCCCCUCCCUCGGAGGGCUCGACGCGACCCGCCGCGCGCCAUUUUGUGCACGUCUCUGGCGUGGCGCGGACCAAGACUGACUGAGCUGCGUCGCUCCAGUGGCGUGUGGACUGACUUCUGGAGGCUGCUGUGCUUCUAGCGUCCGUCUAGUGUCUCUGGACUGGCGCGCAGUCUUCUCGUCUUGCACAGAGCGGAGAUAAGCACAUCACGUGGCGGAGACAUGAAGUGUUGCUGAUAACAGCGAGCCGCAGAGCCGGCGUAGCGCGUCAGUCGUCGCCCUGCAGUCGUCGCGCGAUGUGGCCGCUGCUGGCGCUAGUGUUCCUGGCGGGCGCGCUGGUGCUGCUGCGGCGGCGAGACCCCGAACCCGUGCUGGGCGUGUACCGCCAGCCUGGCGCCUGGUACCCGCUCAAGUACGCCCUCGUCCGCGUCAUGCUGUACCUGCGCAAGAGGAAGAGCUUGAGAGAUGCGGCCAGACGUGGUGACCAGCAGGUCGGUUACGGGCAGACGCGACACCGGUCCAUCGACGAGAUGGAAGUCGCCCAGCCUCUGUCGGAGCACGCCAAGGCGUUCGACGCAGUGUUCUUCAUCGGCACCAGUGCAGACGGCUGCUACUUCGUGCUGGGGGCGGAGCGACGCAAACACGGCAUCGUGAACGGCCUGUGCUACUUGAUGACGCCGAACACGGGCCUGCUGUGCAGCAGCAAGCUGCCGGACACCGUGUUGUUCGAAGCCCAGGAUGACCAGUUCGGCGCGGAGGGCGUGUCUGCGGCCAUGCUGCAGCCAAUGAGGAAGUGGAGGGCGCAGUUCGACGGCGACAUGCGGAGCGAGGCCCGUCCGGGAGAGCUGCACCGAGUGCGGAUAGACGUGACCUUCAGCUCCGAGUGGCCGCACUUCAACUUCGACACGGACCUGCACCCCGCCGUGCUGUGCCGUGCGCUCGCAAGGGAGCCGUGGUCCAGGCGGUACUUCGACAACCUCAAGAACGCCCAUCAGACGCACUACGAGCAGAUGGGCUUCAUCGACGGCACGGCGGACAUAGACGGCCGAGUCGUGCAGCUGCAGAUGCAAGGGUUCCGAGAUCACAGCUACGGCGACAAGCGGGACUGGGAGCUCAUGCAUCGCUACAGCUUCCACAUGCUGUUCCUGGAGAGCGGGCUGCGGGCGACCAUAGGGGUCAUCUGCCAGCCGUGCACCGGUUCCGCUGGAGACGGGGUACGUGUACUCGCCCGACGGAGACGUCCAGCCGCUGGAGUGGUGCGACCUGAAGCUCUACCAGCACGGCGAGGGCGGCACGCCCCCCGUCGACUACGCCUUCCAGUUCCGAGCAGGCGGGCAGGUGUACACGGCACAGCUGAUGGAGGAGAGCAGGGCGGAGCACUACAAGGGCUGGCGGUGGGAGGCGCGCCUGGUGGAGAGGUUCCUCACGUGCCGCGUGAACGGCGUGCCGGGCCGUGCCGUGUCCGAGUUCCACUACCGCAGCACGGACGGCCGCCCCCAGCUCCCCACCGACCCGCCCUGGUUCCGGCAGGUGGCCGCCACGUGACGACCCGAUCCGCACAUACAAGUGUUUAUACGAGAUUCUUCAAUUGUACAAAUAAAUACUCCAUUUUCUACAGACACUACAAUUUGUACGAAAUGCUCCUCUAAUAUUCAAAUGAAUUGUUUUCCAUUUUUUCCCCCUCAUAUUAAAUUAUUUAAUAAAGAUUUUAGAAAUAAA